AUGCACCACCCUCUCCCGCACGGGGGUGGCGGCAGCUCGAAGAGUGUUGAGUUGCAUGUGGACGGCCGCGUCUCGCAGGUCUCCCUGCAGGCGGCGGCACACGCCACCGUGGCGGAUCUUCUCUCGACUGCCGUCGCAGCCUCAUCGUCAACCAUCCCGGCAAAGGCGCCGUCACCGCGGGAGUUGGCGAGGGGGUUUGCCUGCACCGACACGGCGGGCAACAGGGUCGACCUGAGCGCUCUGGCGCUCUCCGUCCCGUCACAGCUGAUGGUGACGCAAACCGCGACUGCCGGCAUCGGUGGUGGCGGUAGCGCUAGCGUGGUAUCGAGCGGCGCCGGCCGUGGCGGCGGCUCUGGGCGCUCGGCGUUGUCAACGUCGGCCCCUGGCCGUGGGCGCGGCCGUGGUAGGGGGCGCGGGCGUGGGCGAGGCGGCGGGCGGGGACGCGGUGGUGCCUCCGCUGCUGCCAAGGCUCAGACCGCGGCCGAUGACGAGGAGGAUGGCGACGACGAUGUUGACGCCGAGGACGGAGAUGGCGGCGAAGAGGCCGAGUCCGGCGGUGCCACGGCAGAGAAAGACGAGAGUGGCAGCAACGAGUCCGACGUACCGUCGGAGGGCUACAGCUCCGACGACGAGGACAGCUCUAAGGUGGAGGACAGCGACAGCUCCGACUCCUCGCUGACCACAGCGAGCACAAGCACCACCACGACACGCUCACGGGGCGACCGCGGCGGAGCGACCACAAGUGCCGGUCGUGGGCGUGGACGUGGUCGCAGCGGCACUGGGCGAGCCGCGUCUUCGCGAGGCUCCUCGGCGCCCCCCACGCCGACAGCGGCGAGCACCACAACUGCGCGACGCACCCGCAGACGCAGUGCCUCGGGAUCGCCGCUCCUCUUCACCCCUGACGGGCUACCCAUCAAGCGCAAACGCGGGCGACCGCCAAAGAGCCAGCAGCUGGCGCUUGCGAACACUGCUGCCGCUGCCGCUGCUGCUGCUGACGCCGCGGCGGCAUCGAGCGGCACCAUGAGCACCACCGCUGGUGAGAAGCCUCCGCGGCGGACGCGGCGGAGCGUCAAGGAGGCGCCAACUGAGGCGGCGGCGGAGGAAAAGCCACGCCGGGGUGGUCGGCGCCGUCGCGCCGACGCGGAGUCAGAGGAGCUGAAGGGUCAACAGCGCGCGAGUGCCAGUUGCAAAGUCAUGGGCGGAAGCUCUGCCGUCCCAGUCGCGCCAGUUGACGACGUUGCCGGCACUCUUGGUGGCAGCGGCCGACGGGGUGGAUGGCGGAGGGGUGGCGGUGAUGCGGCCACUAAGCGCAGUCGGUCGCCGUCACCGCCUUCACAGUUGUCUGGAGGCAGCAGCAGCACCACCACCGUGGCGGCCCCGCUAUUUACUGCGUCCGCUGUGAUCGUAACCGCUGUCGAUGGCACGGGCGGCGGAUGCGCCACUCCGCUUUCCCCAGGCGCCCUCACCGCAUUGGUGAGCGGUGCGGGCACGGAUGCGGCCGCUGCGACGUCUGCUCCUGGCGCUCGCACCAUUACCGCCCUCGAACAGCAGCAGCAGCAGCAGGAGCAGCUGCUACGUCAGCAGCGCCACCGUGUGCGCCUUACGUACAACACCUUCUAUCCAUCAACCACUUUGCAUGCUGCGGUGCCAGCCACCACGGGCACCUACGGAGGUAGCGGCACGGGCGGGGGCACCGCGGGGGCACGCGUGCAUCAGGCGCACAGCGCCACCGCUGCAGCACCGCUGGAGGACCCUUUGGCGAGGCCGAUGAGGCCGCGCUACGUGUGGAACGGCGGAGACCGCCACCAGCAGCAUAGCUUGUCCUCCGCGGCGCCAUUGUCGCCUGCCGACAACGUGCAACAUGGCGGUCGCGGCGUGCCGAUGACUUUCAGAGAGGCGUGGGCCACGCUGUCUUCUUGCCUCAGCAGCACUACCCACUGCCGAGGCGCUUCAUCCGCUGCGAGCGCGUCCCCCGCGAUCGUGGACCCCCUCCAACACACGGCGAGUGCAAGCCAGCUUUACAUGCAGGCUCAGCGGAUCGUGUCCUCGUGGCGUGCCGUGCAGCACCGCACGCCGUCAAUGUUGCUUAGCCACCCCUACAGCCCGCUGUUGAUGCCUGGACUGCGCGUGUAUCAGCACCCGCUGCCGCUGCUGGCGUCGACACCCGCACCUCUCGCAGCGCCGGCGGACGCGAACACGGCGACGCCCCGCAGCACUGAUCGGCUGAGUGCCGUAAAGGUGGAGGUGGCGGACGAGGAAAGCGACGCGGGGUCGCGUCAUCGCCGCCAUCAUCAACGUGGUGCUGCACCGCACACGACAUCGGUGGUGGCCGCUGCGUCCGGUGCCGAGCGCGGCAGCAGCCGCGUGCACUGCUAUCCGAACCAGACGCUGGUUGUUCCCGUGGUCGUCGGCGGCUGCGUGCAGCUCAUCAACCCGGAGAGCAAGGAUAAGAGCCACCAAUGGACGGUGUACGUGCGCGGGUUGUGGAACGGCCAUCCGGAGGAGGUUGCCGGCGCGAAUGCGCGGCCGCCCUCAUCAUCGCACGUGCAGCAGCUGAGGGCAUUCCCUUCGUCGCCGUCCUCUACACCAUCUGCUCUGGCGAACAGCUCGCGCGGCAGCCUCGGCGACAGCAGCGCAACUGCCGACCGUGGCGGUGGCGGUGGCGAUGGCGCUGCUGCUGCUGCCCUUGGCGCGGUGGGCGAUUCGCAGACCUCCGUCUUCAGCGCCUCAACCGCCUCGCCGGACGACUACCUGUCGGACUUCAUUGACAAGGUGGUGUUCCUGCUGGACGAGAGCUUCGUGCCGUGUGUGCGCACCGUCUCCUCGGCUCCGUUUGAGCUGACGGAGGUGGGGUGGGGCGAGUUUAUUGUGUCCAUGCACGUGUACCUGAAGGUGCCGGUGCACACCAGCGCCUCCCGGCGGGCACAGGGGCAGCUCCUCGAGUACUUCUGCGGCUUCAACGGCCGCACGGCACUGCAGACGUGCGACGGUCGUGGCACGAAGCCGCACGACCCCGUCUCGACGUACGUCACCGGCGGCGUGCGUGGGCCGAGCCACUUGUGCAAUGCGCUGACGACGCCGCCGCCGAGCACGUCGGGCACUGUACCGCCCACCCCGGCGCUGUCGCUGCAGGAGCUGCGCCACGGGUGUCGCUACGACAGCUUGCUAGACAUCAACUCGAACAGCGGGGCGCGCGCGACCUACUACCGUGGUCCAUACCUGCCGGUGCAUUUAGUGACAUGCGACGCGACGUCUUCCUCAGCCUCCUCGCAGUUGUCAUCGUCAUCCAGUGACAGCGACGUGGAUGGUGGCGGUGGUAGUGACGGCGCACGCGGCCGCAGCGGCAGCGAGGUGUCCAUCUGUGGUGGCAGUCCUACGGACAACGCCCACGCACUCUCGUUCCCCAUCAAGUCAGAGGUGAGCGGUGACGCAUCGUUCUCCUCUUCCCGCAGCGGAAGCGCCACUCCCAGUCCGGCGCCAGCGCCUCAGCAUCACGCGAACUUGUCCUCGCAGCAGCACGAGGCGAGGAUGGGUGGGCCAACCACCGCACACACCAGCAGCAGUAGCAUCGCUGAUGGGCAGCCGCUCGCGGGCAUCGCCGCUGGCGUGACGGACGCGUCUUCGCCGAGCGCGCGACCGCCACCGCUGCCGGUGCCGACUGUCGGUCGCGGCACCGGCCGGCGCCCUCUCAGGUUUGGCACUUCGCGAGGGCGCAGUGGUACGCCACGCAGCCCUGCCAACUCAGGCGCUCCCAGCGCUGCAGGUGGCGGCGGCGUGCACCGCACCUUCACAGAGGUGCACGUCGGCCACGGCAGCAACGUGGUGGUGCUGCAGCACCUGCUGCGCUUUAGUCACCGUCCUCGCUACGCAGCCGCGAUUCCGCCAGCGCGAGACCCGCGCACGCAGGGAGCGCACCCAGAGCUGCUGGGCUACACGAUGGUGGCUGAGCCCGUCGUCACGGAGCAGUAUGACGAGCUCGUCAUCCCGCUGGAGCCUUUCGUUGCUGUGGCGGAGCGGAUGCGCAGUCAGGCCAGCCGGCGAUGGCAGACGACGCAGCGAACGGGUGGCGAAGCAUCGCUGAAGAAGCCUGACACCGCGAGUGUCGAGGCGAAGCUGCACCACCUGCUGGCAGCAUCGAGCAGUCUCGAGGGCCACCUGCGCGCCACAUUGCGUCGCCAGCUCUCCUUGAUGUGCGAUGACUCGCCAUCGCAGUCGCUCCACACGCUGUCGCCACUGUCCAACAGUGAGGCUCAGGCGCUCGGGCACCCGGGCGGCAUCUCUUGCUGGCCGCACGUCCUCGACUACGGCAACGGCAUCGAGCGCGACACAUCCUACACCGCUGCCUACCUCGCGAGCAUCGCGACGAGCGCAGAGAUGGAGGGGUGGUUGUCGCAAGCACUCGGGGCACGGCGGGCGGCGCUGUUUGGCUCGCCAGCGGCGUCUUGUGCCUGGGUCACCACCGUCGACGACGCUGAAGACCUGCAGCCGCAGCGUCACGGCGAGGCAGCGGGAGGGUGUAAGACGGAGGGGGAGGGCUGCGAUGGCGUGGCAGAGCAAAUACCCGGCCAAGUAGCUAUUCCAUCCCUCAUCCCAAAUGUGGCCACCUCCGGGACGUGGAUGACCUUGCUGGAGUACGACAUGGCGAGUGCGCUCUUGCGCCUCGCCGCCGGUGCCUCCGUGGUGACGGCACACGACGCCUUCUUCCAGGUCGUUAUGCCGCGCGCCGACGACAUUGGCGCAGCCGUCUGGUGCAGCCUCCACGAAGGAAAUCACGCAGCACUAAGUCGCGCGAAUCCGGUCCGACCCUUCCCUUCGGAUGCCACUGGCGCCGCCGCGCUCAAGUCGGAGCCAGUAUUCUGGCGCACCUCAGAACUGCAGCAGGACACCAAGAAAGGCGCAGCCGUGCGAAUGGAGCAGGUGCAUGCCGAGGAGGAGCGUGGUGGUGACGAGUCGCUGUCUGCGCCCUCGGCGGCAGCGCUAUCUCGCGGAUAUCCCCUCUGCUCCCUGCGCCCCGGUGACACCGGCAUUGCCGCGCUGCGCAACGUGCUCUGCUCGAACAAAGGCGUCGGCUCCGUCAGCGCCGCUCACCACCCAAACCAGGAUGCGUUCAUGGCGUCGCUGCUCCGUGACGGCCAAAACCGCGGCAGCUUCGGCCACGACAGCGAUGUGGCGCAGCUGCUGACAUGGAAGGCAGCGCUAGAGGACGCCAUCGACACCAUGCGCGUCGAAGCAGCGCGCCGGCAGGCCACUGCUGUCAUGGAGGAGCUGUAA